CGAAGCGAGGGGCGGAAGUUCCCCCGCCCGGCGCUCCCGCUCGCUCGGUCCGAGGGGCUCGGUCCGUUCAUGGAAGAGAUGUCGGGAGAGAGCGUGGUGAGCUCAGCAGUGCCGGCGGCCGCGACGCGCACGACGUCCUUCAAGGGGAGCAGCCCCAGCUCCAAGUACGUGAAGCUGAACGUGGGGGGAGCCCUGUACUACACCACCAUGCAGACCCUGACCAAGCAGGACACCAUGCUCAAGGCCAUGUUCAGCGGGCGCAUGGAGGUGCUCACGGACAGUGAAGGCUGGAUCCUGAUUGACCGCUGUGGGAAGCACUUUGGGACAAUCCUGAACUACCUGCGGGACGGGGCCGUGCCACUCCCGGAGAGCCGCCGCGAGAUCGAGGAGCUGCUGGCUGAGGCCAAGUACUACCUGGUGCAGGGGCUGGUGGAUGAAUGCCAGGCAGCCCUGCAGAACAAGGACACCUAUGAACCCUUCUGCAAGGUCCCGGUGAUCACCUCCUCCAAAGAGGAGCAGAAGCUGAUUGCAACCUCCAACAAGCCAGCAGUGAAGCUGCUCUAUAACAGAAGCAACAACAAAUAUUCCUACACCAGCAACUCUGAUGACAACAUGCUGAAGAACAUUGAGCUCUUUGACAAGCUGUCCCUGAGGUUCAACGGGAGGGUGCUCUUCAUCAAGGAUGUCAUUGGGGAUGAGAUCUGCUGCUGGUCCUUCUACGGGCAGGGCCGCAAGAUCGCCGAGGUCUGCUGCACCUCCAUCGUCUAUGCCACCGAGAAGAAGCAGACCAAGGUGGAGUUCCCAGAAGCCCGAAUUUACGAGGAGACCCUGAACAUUCUUCUGUACGAGUCCCAGGACGGGAGGGGGCCGGACAAUGCCCUCCUGGAGGCCACGGGAGGGGCUGCAGGGCGCUCCCACCACCUGGAGGAGGACGAGGAGCGGGAGCGCAUCGAGCGCGUGCGGAGGAUCCACAUCAAGCGCCCCGACGACAGGGCCCACCUGCACCAGUGAGCCAGCCUGGGGACCCCCUCGGCUCUGGGGAAGGGGCUGCCCUGCAGCAGGACCAGGCAGUGCAACUCCUGUCCAGCACAGUCUGUAAAUUGGGAUUUGUAACAAACUCUAGGUUAUUUGGGGUAUUUAAAUGCGGUAGUUGUAGGGCGAGGAUCCAUGAGGUUACUGGGCAGCCUGGAAGGGCCUGUUGAGCAGCUGGAGAAAUGCCCAGAAUUUUUAGCACUCUUGUCGUUGCUGUUUUGUGCUGGAGAGGAGGAGGACUGGCUUCCUGUGACUUUUGGUAAUGAUCCUGCACUUUAAAAGCAAAACAACAAACAAAAGGUCAGCCAGCCACCCUCCUUCCCUCCAGGCACUCCCUGACCCUCCUGGGCUGGGGGGAAAGGCAGGGACCUGGACCCAGGGCUGCUGCAGAGACUCCCCAAAGAACAAAUGGCACAGGCUGAUGAGAUUCCUGGAGUCUGGGGACAGAGGGAUCCCUCAGAGCAGGGGCUGCUCCCUCAGGUUCCCCACAGCUCUUGGGAUCUGCUCCUCCAAGGGUUCAGUGGAGCUUCUGCAGCACUGAGCUUGGGACACCCAUCCCUGUUUUAUCCCUGCAGUUCAAGGUUAAAAUUCCUCCCAAAGGAGGAGAAUCAGGAGCAAACUGUCCACGGUUGCUUUCCCUAGGAGUGGUGUUGGUACUGGUCAGUGCUUAGAGCUUCUGCCUGAGCCUGGAUCUCAGCUGGGGGUUGGUUUCCAGCAGCUCCCAGGUACCAGGAGUCACAGCAGGUUCAAUCCCCUUGUUUUGGGGGUGCUGGUGGGGGGCAGCAGCCCUGGUUCCCUUCUGGAGCUGAUCCAGGAGCAUUUUCCUGCUCUGAGUGAGGGGAAGCAGAAGCAGGCAGUGACCCAGAGGCAGAUAUUCCCUGUUUGACUUCACCCUGAGGCUGUUCCAAACCCUCCCAGCCAUGGCAGCUGUGUGUGGAAGGGCAGAGCAUGGAGAAGGCCACUGCACUGGUGGCUUUCUACGAGUGCUUUUCUCUUUCAAUGAAUAUUUUAUCUACCUCCUUGUCUCCUGUUGCCUGUUGUGGAGUCAAGUGACAGCAGUGGUGGGAGGUGGGCUGUCAUUCCAUAGGGCUGAGCAGAGCCACAGCUGUGACAGUUCAGGUCACCAGUCCUGGGAGGGAGAGAAACCUGAGGUAGGAAGUGUUAAACUUGCACUGCAGCAGCACCCGUGGGCGACACCAGAGCACUCUGCCCUGGGCUAGAGUUUCUUUUGACCCUUUCUCUGCAAUAUUUAGCACUGGCUUUAACAGCCACCCUCCUCUGGAGCAGCAGCAGCCCUGUGUUCCUGCUCCAAGGAUCCCUGCUCCUGGCUCAGGGCUGCUGAGGACAUGGGAACAGUGUGACACCAAAGGUGCUGCAGCAGCACCAGCCACGUUCUUCUGUUCCACAGAGCUCGGUGGUAGAGGCUGAAACACACCAGGAAGUGGCUGUACAGUUUUGGAUCAUCAAGUAAAGCUCAAAGAUUUCCAAUUUAAUCUGAGGCCAUCUUUCUAGUAACCAAAGACUUCACAUUGCAGGCAGCUGCUGGCUGUGGCAGGUGGGGGUGUUUUAUACCUGUCUCCUCUCCUCUUUCUCCUGCAGCUGCUGAUUGUUCACUGAGAGCUCCACAGUCUCCUGGGGGUUCAGCAGCUUCAGCUCUGUCGUGACACCUCAGGGCUUCCAGUUUGAGUUGUACCUAAACCUGUUGGCAGCACCCUCUAGGGCUGGAGCAGUGCAGAGCGGGAAGGAGCCAGUGCCUCCCCCCUCGGGGCUGGGAUGAGCUGAGGGUGAGGCAGGGAAGUCCUGGGUUGCUGUUUCUCCAGCACUGUGUACUUUGGCACUUACUGGUGAUUCCUGGGCUGUCAC